GCAAAUAAACAAACAAUCGCAGCGCCUACUCGGAGGAGCAUCGGAACGAAAACUCCGUUCAGAAAAGCGAAAAUUCGUCGCAGUGAAGCAAGUGAAGCGAUUGCACGUGAAGAAAACAUCUGUUUCUUGGGUGAACAGUGUGGUGUUCCUGCGCCAUGGCCGAAAUGGCGCACAACGGCGCAACCGACGACGGCGGUGUGAAGCCAAGCGAUCGACCCGGUGACAGGGGAAGCGGAAGAAGCAAACCGGCCGGAUCUUCCGCCGUGAACGGGCGGGACGCGCCAGGCAACGAUUCCACGCCUACUCGCAUAACGUCCAACUUCAUCGCUCGCUUAAUCGGACCGGAACAGACGCUGCUCAUCGGCGAAGAUAUGGUCGUGGUUGGCCGCAACUCAUCCACCUCGCGCGUUGACUUCCAUGUCGCCGAUAGCAGCUUCGUAUCCCGCAAACACUACAUCAUCAAGCGCGGCGAGGGUAACGAUUUUACCCUGCUGUGUCUGAGCAAGAACGGUCUGUUCCUGGACAACAAGCAUAUUGCGCAGAGUAUCCAGCCGUACCAGCUGCCCCCGUACUGCACCAUCCGUUUUCCGAGCACAAAAAUGGAACUCAAGUUCGAGAACAUGAUCGGCAAAACGCUCGAUCUUGGUGACGCUCUCAUGCCACCCGGUUCACUUGGAUCGCUGAAUCUCGGCAAAGGCUCCGGCACCGGUACCGUUUCGUCAUCCGGCAGCAAGAACUUGGCGAACAACGCAACCCCAUCUAGUAGCCGCGUGAAGCCGACACCCUACAGUCUGCAAGUAGCAGUGCCUGCCGCUGGUGCCGAGGCCGGUUGGGAUGCUCGGGAGGAUUCGGGCCGAUUCAUGGACAGCGGCUAUCAGUCACCGACCAUUGCGACGAGCGCUAACAACAGCCGCAGCGUUAGUCCGCGGCAGGGAGUUUCACCGGCAACUCAAAACCCAGAUGAGGAGAAACCACCGUACAGCUACUCGCAGCUGAUCGUGCAGGCUAUUGGUUCGUCGCCGGAUAAGGAGCUCACCCUGUCCGGCAUCUACGCGGCCAUCAUGAAGAGCUACCCCUACUUUCGCAACACGAGCAACAAAGGCUGGCAGAACUCGAUUCGCCACAACUUGAGCCUCAAUCCCUACUUCAUCAAGGCCCCUCGGCGUCAGGAGGAUUCCGGCAAAGGAUGCCUCUGGCGCCUGGACUACAGCGUGGAAGCGAAAUUGAUCGAUCAAAGUUUCCGCAAGCGACGCCAGCGGUGGUCCGGGUCCCGCUCCAAGGUUAACUCAGCACCCGCUUCGCCCAACCGUGUCGUCCACGCAGCGGACACCGCGGACAAUGAGACGGCCCGGGCAUUGGCUGGCAUCAUCGGAUCACCGGAUCGGAAUGAUUGUGUCGAAAUUUCGCAGGACGAAUUCCAAGGCUACGCGCAGGAGGAAGUAUCGGACCACCACGAACAGUACGUUGCUGAGGAAACCAUCGUCGUCACGUACGCCAGCGAUAUCGAGGAAUCGGAGGGCAAACGUAUGAAAAUGUAAACGCGGUCGCUCUGAAGGCUCGGUUUAUUUCCAGGCGCCUUGCUCGCGCGGCAAGUAAUGAUUCGAUAUUUGUUUCAUUCGUUCCCGUACUUUAUGAAGCAAUAAAUCUGCAUCAGUAACAACAGG